GAUCUAAAUCACACAGGUGUUGGUAGAGAAAGAGGCAUACUGGUAUUGAAACUUUAAACUGGCCUGUUUACUUUGUCUCCUAACAAAAACACUUUGAAUUCAGGUUCUCCACAGCAGUCUUCCACUGGCCACAGUGAAGGGAGCUAGGUUUCCCCAGUCUCCAGCUACAAAAACUCAGAACAUCUAAAGAUCUGAAAGAUGGAAAAAAGAGAACUAAAGGCUUCUGUUGCAAAAUUUGACAAGAUUCCUUGGCUUAGUGAGGCCAGCCUCGUAAACAAGCCAUUAGUGCUCAGCCUCCCCAGAAGAUAUCCUCCUUCCUCUGCGACUUUUCUGACUUCAUCCAAGAAGAAUAUGAAUUUGCCAAUUUUGUUUCAAGUUCCAGAUGUUUUGUCUAAGGCCAGGAGGAACCAGCGUGAGUCCAUGCUGCUCAGAAACCAACAGCUGUGCUCCACAUGUCGAGAAAUGAAAAUGGUACAACCAAGAACAGUGAAAAUUCCAGAUGAUCCAAAAGUAUCCUUUGAGAAUUUUAUGAGUCAUAGAAUGAUGAGUCUUCAUCAACCCAAAUUCCAGACUACCCUUGAGCCUUUCCAUGAUGACAUCCCAACAGAAAGCAUUCACUACAGACUGCCCAUUCUGGGCCCCAGGACAGCUGUCUUCCAUGGAUUACUCACAGAGGCCUACAAAACUCUAAAAGAGAGACAACGUUCUUCCUUGCCCAGAAAGGAACCAAUAGCCAAGAUGAUGAGGCAGUGAGCAGUAGGAGCUCAUCACCUCCCAGACUCCCAGAGAGAAAAUAACCUCACCAAGUCAAUCUUUGACACUGGCACCUUCUCCUCACAAUUUUCUCUCCUCUCCCAAAAGAUGAUUUAAUUUUGCCUUCCUAAGAUUGCUAGUAUUCUAGCUGUUACCUCUAUCUUCUCUCUCAUGUCUCCUAAAGAUAAAAUGGUUUAAUUUAUAUGAUUAUAAAGAUCUGUUGAUGAAAAUG